AUUAAAUCCCUAAUAAUAACAUUAAAUAUAGCGAGACUCUCUUGCGAGAACACUGUAAAAGUUUAGCAGUGCAUUUGGUCUCACAUUUUUGAAGUAAUAAAUUGAGUUAAUUAGUGCAUUUUACAUCAGUGUAUUGCUUAUUUUUUUGUGCAUCAUUUGAUGUAACAGUGAUUUCUCUUAUGUCAUCUUGAGUACUACAACGAAGGUAAUUUAGUUGAAUUUAGUUUAUCGGUUUCAAACGAUUGAUUAUCGUGCUGCUCGUCAGAUAUCUUCAGUUUAUCUUCACUUUUUCUUACUUUUUCUUACUCUUGAUUAUUUGAAUUAUUUAUUUAUUUAGCAUUUAAUUUUUCAAAAUGCCUUUUUCUUGUUUAAAAUGUAAAGAUCCGGUCAAUGAAAAUCAAACUAAAUCAUUUAUCAAAUGCGAUGGUUGUGAAAGACCGGUACAUGUGAACCAAAAAUUGAAAAUUCUUCCUCUGAUAACGCUGAAAAACCCUCGACCUCGACCGAAACCCAGCCAAAAAUUUCAACCACAAUUCAAAUACCCCAAAAUAAACAAUCUCUGCUUCCCGUUCCCCCGAAAAGACCAUCAAAAAUCCCGAUUUCGCGUCAGAGAUCAGUUUCCAAAAGCGAACCGAAAUCACCCGACGUGCAAAGUAAAAUCCCGGUUAAAACCGGGAGUCAUAUUCCGGUUAGGAGUUUGAUUGAGAAAGCGAAAAGUGAUACGGAAUCGGAGAAACGUCCAGUUAUGCAAAAACGGAAGUUGGACGAAAUCGCACAAGAGAUGCAACAAAGUGUUCAAACUGUCAAAGAGAUGAACCGACAAUUAAAUACUGUGAACAGGGGGAGUCUGAGUUCGUUUCGGAACAGUUCCGUUGAGUCUACGACAAGUUCGAAGCAGCUGUCUUACACAAAAUCACUAGAUAAUGAUAGCGAUUCUUCUGUUUCUGACAGUAACGUUGAAGAAUUGCUCGACCCGAGCACUGACGAAGACAGUUACGAGGAUUUUGAAGAGUAUGAUGGGAUUGAAGAGUCCGACACUGAGGACUAUAACGAGUUUGAUAAAAAGAAAGCGAAGAUUGCCAAUGAGCUUGAUAUUAAUUUGGCACAGAUUAGUGCAAGGGUUGAGGAAUUGACCACGAGUUUGGGUCGCAAAAAUGAGUUUGAUGAGACGUGUGAGUCCGAGGAGGAGUAUGUUUCUGAAGAAAGUGAGGAGGAAGAUGAAGAAGAGGAAGAGGAUGAUGAUGACGAUGAGGAUAAUCAAAUUGAUCUUAAUAUUGAAGUAAAGCAACCGAGUGAAAUCGAGCUGAUGGAGAGGCAGGCGAGGCGCUUCCUGGCCGAGGGCCAAGUCGAGAGCUACCAACAAGCCGAGCUUGCCGUUAGCUUAAUGACUCUUAAAUUUUCCGCUGAGGAAGCUCUCGAAGCUGCUAAAGACUGCCACACCCUAGACGCCGCUAUCGCAUAUUUGCAACAAGACUGCGAACUGUGCGCUGGAAAAUAUCCCAUGAAUCAGGUUUCUGUAAUUUUCCCGGCUAACUUUAAUCAGUGUUCGAGCGGAUUUAUCGCCAAUCCUCGCCAGAGACGCCUCGUUUGUCCCGACUGCAAAAGCGUCACGUGUGCAAACUGUCGCCGGCCGUGGGAGAAACAACACGAGGGCAUCUCUUGCGAGAAAUUCGCAGAAUGGAAAGACGCCAACGACCCGGAGAACCAGACCUCCGCGGUUGCGAAACACUUAGCCGAAAACGGCAUAGACUGCCCCAAAUGUAAAUUUCGAUAUUCACUGGCCCGAGGGGGCUGCAUGCAUUUUACUUGCACUCAGUGCAAACACGAGUUUUGCUACGGCUGUGGCAAGCCUUUUAUGAUGGGGGCCAAGUGUGGGGUGAGCCAGUACUGCGGGAAAUUGGGGCUCCAUGCGCACCACCCCCGCAACUGUCUGUUCUAUUUGCGCGAUAAGGAACCAACAGAGCUGCAAAAGUUGCUCAAAGAGCACAAAAUCCCCUUCGAUACCGACAUCCCGGCCGAUAAAGAGGAAAACGCCGCAGCCGCAGCUAAGUGUUUCGUGCCGCUGCAGCGGGAAACCCCCAACGGGCUCAUCGACACGGUGUGCAACAACGAGGUUUCCCCCGGCCAGGCCGGUCUUUGCAGGAUGCAUUAUUUAGAGUACUUGUGUAAGUUAAUAAGACGUCACGCAAUCGACUCAAUCGACUUGUUAAACGCUGAUGAUCUCGAGACUGUGGUCAGGCGGGCCGCCAAACGACUGCCGCCGAAUGCGUACGGUACGCCCCGAGAAAUGUACCGAUCACGUCUCUAUCAGAUUGUGAAGGAGCAGAUUCCACUGGAUUGAGCGAAAUUAACCCCACGUAAAAAUUUCCAAUGACAUAAUAUGCAGUGUUAUUGUUUUCAAUGUUAUUUUAUAAAUAAAGUAGAUUUCUAUGAA